AUGAGCAGGUUAAAUUUGCUUGAUAUUAGCAAUACUGACAUCGACAGUGGUUUAGAAUAUCUGCCUGAUAGAGUCAAUGAUUUUCGUUGUUUGGCAAAUAUAAAAAAAGAUGCCAGAUUAAGAUAUCAAGCUCGUCAACUCCUCAAAGCUGACUUUCUUCAAGCCAAAGACCAACAAAUUCAAAAAUUAGAAGAGGAACUUCAACUAGAAAGAGAAACUAAUCAAGAAAGUGCUGAAAUUAUGGAUGACUUUUACCGAAUGGCUCCUCCCCGAGAAGAUUUAGCUCUAAAAAACAUUUUAGAAAAGAUUAGCGAAGAUUAUUUAGAACUUAGCUUAGAGAAUAGGGAAUUAAAGAAAGAAAAUGAAAAAUUACGUGAAAAUUUAGAGUUAAUAAAAGAAUUAGCCGAAGCAAAAAUUGAUGAGCAACAAACUCAGAUUAGUCAGCAAAGUCAGCAACUUCAAGCCAAAAUUCAAGAAGUUCCUAAAAAAUUUAGUUUCUUUGGCAAGUUCAAGAAAAAUAAUUAA